UGAAUGUGAAGGAGGAAAAGUGUUAAGGGAAGAGAAAGAAAGAAAGAGAACAUUGGAUGCUGUUAGUUUUGUUAUGUUAGCUUUCUUUGCUCUUCAUUAGAGAAAUCACCUUAUCAUUCCUGUUAGUGUAUAAUCAGUUUAACUUUUUAAGGUCUACGAAAUGUUGUCAUUGCUAUUUCACUCUCAUAGUGUAUUUGGUUCCUUUCAUAUCCUACUCCUCUAAACCAUUCUUCCUCACAAAUGGCUACUACCCUUUCUUCUAUCAGUUUUGUACACUUUUGCAUGCACUUCCUCCUUGUGUGUCUCACUAGUCCUGCAUAUGUUUCUUCACUCCCUCUUUCCCUGAGAAGGCAAGCUUCAAUCCUUGUUUCUAUGAAGCAAGAUUUUGGAGUUGCAAAUUCUUCUCUGAGGAGCUGGGACAUGUCAAACUACAUGUCCCUUUGCAGCACUUGGUAUGGCAUUGAGUGUGACCAUCAUGACAACAUGUCUGUGGUGUCACUUGACAUAUCCAAUUUGAAUGCCUCAGGGUCACUUUCACCUUCCAUCACAGGACUCUUGAGCCUUGUGAGUGUCUCACUCCAGGGAAAUGGCUUCUCUGGGGAGUUUCCAAGGGACAUUCACAAGCUACCAAUGCUGAGGUUCCUCAACAUGUCCAACAACAUGUUCAGUGGAAACUUGAGUUGGAAAUUCUCUCAGCUGAAGGAGCUUGAAGUGCUGGAUGUCUAUGACAAUGCUUUCAAUGGCUCACUUCCUGAAGGUGUCAUCAGUCUCCCAAAGAUCAAGCACUUGAACUUUGGAGGGAACUACUUCUCUGGUGAAAUCCCUCCAAGCUAUGGAGCCAUGUGGCAGCUGAACUUUCUGUCCCUUGCAGGGAAUGAUUUGAGAGGCUUCAUACCAAGUGAGCUUGGGAAUCUCACUAACUUGACUCAUCUUUACUUAGGAUACUACAAUCAGUUUGAUGGUGGAAUCCCUCCUCAAUUUGGUAAGCUGACCAAUUUGGUUCAUCUUGACAUUGCAAACUGUGGCUUGACAGGUCCAAUUCCUGUUGAGUUAGGAAACCUCUAUAAGUUAGACACUCUUUUCUUGCAAACCAAUCAGCUAAGUGGUUCAAUCCCUCCCCAGUUAGGAAACUUGACCAUGUUAAAAGCCCUUGAUCUAUCAUUCAACAUGCUCACAGGAGGUAUCCCUUAUGAGUUCUCUGCACUUAAAGAGCUUACCCUCUUGAACUUGUUUAUAAACAAGUUGCAUGGAGAAAUUCCUCACUUCAUUGCUGAGCUACCUAGAUUGGAGACUCUGAAGCUUUGGCAGAACAACUUCACUGGAGAGAUUCCUUCAAACCUUGGCCAGAAUGGAAGGCUGAUUGAGCUUGACUUGUCAACAAAUAAGCUCACUGGUUUGGUGCCAAAAUCUCUAUGCCUUGGAAAGAGGCUGAAAAUCUUGAUCCUACUCAAGAACUUUCUGUUUGGAUCUUUGCCGGAUGAUCUUGGUCAAUGCUACACACUCCAAAGAGUCCGUUUGGGGCAGAACUAUUUAACUGGGCCACUGCCACAUGAGUUUCUUUAUUUGCCUGAGCUACUACUUGUGGAGCUACAGAACAAUUAUCUUAGUGGUGGCUUUCCACAAUCAAUAACAAGCAGCAACACAUCCUCAAAACUAGCACAGUUGAACCUAUCAAACAACCGGUUUUUGGGGUCUCUUCCGGCCUCAAUUUCAAAUUUUCCAGACUUGCAAAUCCUUCUGCUCAGUGGAAACAGAUUCUCAGGUGAAAUACCACCAGAUAUAGGGAGGUUGAAAAGUAUCCUCAAGUUGGAUAUUAGUGCCAACAACUUUUCAGGUACUAUUCCACCUGAGAUAGGUAACUGUGUCUUACUGACCUAUUUAGAUUUGAGCCAAAACCAACUCUCAGGUCCUAUUCCAGUCCAAUUUUCUCAAAUUCACAUAUUAAACUAUCUCAAUGUCUCAUGGAACCACCUAAACCAAAGCCUUCCCAAGGAACUUAGGGCCAUGAAGGGCUUAACUUCAGCAGAUUUCUCUCACAAUAACUUCUCAGGAUCAAUACCUGAGGGGGGCCAAUUCUCAAUAUUUAAUUCCACAUCAUUUGUUGGUAAUCCUCAGCUAUGUGGAUAUGAUUCCAAACCAUGCAACCUUUCUUCAACAGCUGUGUUGGAAUCUCAAACAAAAAGCAGUGCAAAACCCGGUGUUCCCGGGAAAUUCAAGUUCCUCUUUGCAUUGGCAUUGUUGGGGUGCUCAUUGGUGUUUGCAACAUUGGCCAUCAUCAAGAGUAGGAAGACAAGGAGGCACUCCAAUUCAUGGAAGUUAACAGCAUUCCAGAAGCUGGAAUAUGGGAGUGAGGACAUCAAAGGGUGCAUAAAGGAAAGCAAUGUGAUAGGAAGAGGAGGAUCUGGUGUUGUGUACAGAGGAACCAUGCCAAAGGGAGAGGAAGUGGCAGUGAAGAAGCUCUUAGGAAACAACAAAGGAUCUUCCCAUGACAAUGGCCUCUCUGCAGAAAUAAAAACAUUGGGGAGAAUCAGGCACAGGUACAUUGUGAAGCUACUAGCAUUUUGUUCGAACAGAGAGACCAAUUUGCUUGUUUAUGAUUACAUGCCAAAUGGAAGCUUGGGAGAAGUCUUGCAUGGGAAGAGGGGUGAGUUUCUCAAGUGGGACACUAGGCUCAAAAUAGCCAUAGAAGCUGCAAAAGGACUUUGCUAUUUGCACCAUGAUUGUUCCCCUUUGAUCAUCCAUAGGGAUGUCAAGUCAAACAACAUACUGCUGAACUCUGAUUUUGAGGCUCAUGUUGCUGAUUUUGGACUUGCCAAGUUCAUGCAAGAUAAUGGGGCAUCUGAGUGCAUGUCUUCCAUUGCUGGCUCUUAUGGCUAUAUUGCUCCAGAAUAUGCAUACACAUUGAAAGUGGAUGAGAAAAGUGAUGUUUAUAGCUUUGGAGUGGUGCUGCUAGAACUGAUAACGGGCAGAAGGCCGGUGGGGGAUUUUGGUGAAGAAGGAUUAGACAUUGUUCAAUGGACCAAGUUGCAAACCAAUUGGAACAAAGAGAUGGUGAUGAAGAUCCUUGAUGAGAGGCUAGAUCACAUUCCUUUAGCUGAAGCAAUGCAGGUGUUUUUUGUGGCAAUGUUGUGUGUUCAUGAACACAGUGUGGAGAGGCCAACCAUGAGGGAAGUGGUUGAAAUGCUUGCACAAGCAAAGCAACCAAACACAUUUCAGAUGCAGUGAUCUAGAAAAGUAUAAGAUAACAAGUUAUAAAAGAAAGGAUGAGUCCUUCCUUCAUACAUAUAUGCUUUUGUAUUGAUUUCAUGGGUGGUUAAAGGGUAUAUCCAUUUUGCAAACUAGUUUGAUAUGAGUUUUGAAUGUUUUUUUUUUCCUUUUACUUUAUUAGCACUCAACUCUUCAAUGGGUGCAAGAGAGUCACUAUAGUUGAAAUGCUAUGCAUGGGAAAGGUAGAAUUAUUGUUCAACUGUCCAUAUUAUGUCAAAAGUUUGUAUAAUACAUGGGUGUUGUAUGCCUGUUUGGUUUAAGAAAACCUUUUCUCUUUUC